UCCACAUCUAUCGCAUGUAGACUCUUUCAUUUAGAUUUUGUUUUGUGAAUUCUUUUAUUUAACGUUCAGAUCGCGCUGCCGUAGCAAUACAUCGUUUCGACUGCGACGCGCAGUGCCCUGCCUUACUUGUUUUAGAAACUGACUCGAUUUGGGUGAUUGGCUAAAAUACCUGUAGAGUCGAUGGUGCUGGGUCUGUUUUAGCCAACUAGUAAACCAGCGGAUCCCAGGCGGACCAAGAAGCAGACAAAAAUGCCUUUGAAAUUUUUGAAAAAAUGUCGGCAAUACAAUGUUACUUCCAAGAGUUUGUUUGUUAUAUCAGUGCAUCACCUGCUGGACACUUCUAGUACGGUGGACUGCACGAUCAGCUCGGAGAGUAAAGGACAGGAGUGCCUAGACAAUGUCUGCCAACGUCUGCUGAUUCAGCAACCCGAAUUUUUCGGAUUACGAUACCUAGUCAAGAGCAAGGACAAGGAGGACGAGUUCAAAUGGAUCGAACUGGAGCGCUCGCUCAGCCGGCAGCUGGAAAAGAACGCGGCUGGGCCCAAAAUUUACUUACGAGUACGACACUACGUGACCACUGGAGUUCGUCACCUGAACGACGAGGCCACGCGCUUUUACUACUUCCUUCAGCUAAAGAGCGACAUAUACGAGGGCCGCAUCGCCUGUGACAUACGCACGGCCAUACUGCUGGCGCUCUACUGUCGCCAAGCGGAGUACGACAGCUACCAGGGCGACAAACAGAGUAAAGACUACCUGAAGAAGUCACUGGUCCUGCCACGCAACAUGCAGGGCUUGGCCAACGACGACAACAUGCUGGAGGGUUUGAUCGUGGAGGUCUUGCAGCAACAAGCGGGAAUUGCACAUCUGGGUCAAAGCCAAGCGGAGGAGAUGUACAUACAGUGCUGCCAGCAACUGGACGGAUACGGUGAGGAGCGCUUUGCCGCCAAGGACACGCUCGGCAACGAUCUGCUGCUUGGCCUCGCCAUUAAUGGGAUGGUGGUGAACGCUGACAACGGACGACAGUAUUUUCCUUGGAAGGAUUUUCACACUGUGACCAUCGACAAAAGAACAAUUAAGAUCGAGCAAAAUAAGCUGGACGGCGGCGGCAGCAUCGUGGGAAGCUUUAUUUUCAGCGAGGCAGACACGGCGCGCUAUUUCUGGAAGCUCACUAUCAGCCAGCAUAAGUUCUUUAAGCGCUAUAUUGACACCGCUACGCCGUCGAGCCUUGGAAGUGGAGCUGACGGGGAGAGAGGUCUUCUGGGGGUGGAUAGCGUCGGAUACGUGGAGUACGACUACGUCGAAGCGGCGACCGCCGAGCAACUGCAACAGCAUCAGCAACAGAUCCACCAACAACAGCAGAUGAUUUCCUCGAACAUUUCUCUGGCGGCUAGUGCCAACCAGUUGGUGGGACAAAGCAGUUCCUGCCAAGACCUAAGCAACAAUAACCUUCACGGUAGCAGUGGCAUACUCCACCACGGAAACAGCAGCAACAAUAACACCGAGGAGCGAGAACGUCUCAAGGCUAUGCUGCCUACAUACCGCCCUGCGCCGGACUAUGAGACGGCAGUGCAACUCAAGUACAGCAAUCCCUCGGCGGAGUUUCACAACGUGACACUGGCAUUGGCCGCCCCCGGCAAUGCAUACUAUGCUGGCUCACAGCCGGAUGUUCACAAUACUGGUGUUCACAACGAGAGCCUCCUGUAUGGUCACCUUACUGCGCAUCGUUAUCCAGACGUAGCCCAGCCGGCCGCAGCUCUACACCACCACAUCAAUCUGUACCAGGCGCAGUCACAUCCACAGCCUAUAAGCACGACUCAGGCGUAUCUGGAGCUCUCACAACGAAUGCACAUGAUGCGUCACAAGGCACCUCCGCCGUACGUGAAUCGCCUGAGCUCCUCAUCCACGCCUGACCUUGCCGUGGCUUCCCACCGUCCUCUGCAGGGCUACCGCAACUAUGUAAGUGGGUCCUCACCCGAUCUAGUCUCCAACCGCACCCUCUUCAAUGGCGGACAGUUCGUAGCCCUGGCUGCUGGCGCGCAUGCCAGCAACAUUCCCACUUCCUCCGGAGCCACCAUGAUGCACCAGUACCAGUAUGUGAGCCACAUGGGUCACUCGCAACCCUACCUUUCACCGCACGGCACCUUUGAGAACCUUAACAUGAUCGAGGAGCAGCCGUCCAUUAUGUCUCAGCUGCGGCAGUCCGCUAUAAGCCAGGCAGCAGCUACAGUUCCGGGAGCCGUGGUCACCCAGAGUUCACCUAGCCUGCCGCCGAGUGGCUAUCGCAGUCCUGUACCACCGCCAGCUAUCAGUCCGAUACCACCGCCAGUGGUUCCAUCUUCUCAUAAAUCUGGCACAGCCGCUCCCCUUCAGAGGAGCUUGAUGAAUGGGUCCAUCGAACCUAUCUAUGAGAACGUCCCCCUACCACAGCGAGCCUCUGGUGGCAGCAGCGGAACUCCAUAUACCAAGGUCAUGCGUCAGAGAGCCUCGUCAAUACAAUCAGCUCCUGGUGUCGUACCUGUUCCGGCUGCUCGGAAAGCUAGCACCAACAAUAUGGCCAGUGUUUCUAUAAAUUCCCAGUCUGAAGACGGGAAAAUACAGAACUACGGUGUAGACCGUUCGGCAAGCACGGAGCUGCUAUUCCUGGAGCCGCAGGCUACUAAGCGCUCCACCAGAGCAGCCAGUGCCGCACCAGAUGUAGGAAACGCACCUUCACCACAUAUAGGAAUCCCACCUACGCCACGGCAACAUCGCUCAACAGUUAGUUUAAGCAAGUCAACUACGGUCGAUGUGAUUACGCCUGCCGGAGAGUCACUGCAACAGCAGUUCAGUGCCAUGAAUCUAUCUGCCAACACAUCUGCUUCCAACUCCUCCAUGUAUAAUUCGACACUGGACACCACUUCCUCGUCGGCGGCCAGCAAAGAAUUAAAACGCAAGAAACGUUGGAACUUCUUGUCACGGAGCAAAACACCGGAAAAACAGAAGUCAGCUACGCUGGGCAGGGAAAAGGCUACAACGGUAGGUCAGCAUGCCAAGCUGGCGGCGAAGCUAAAGCUGGCCCAAGAUGAUCUCAAUCUGCCACAUCGUUGGUCCACGGCAGUCAGCAAGACGCAGCCCAUUUCCGGAAGAUAUUCCAAGGAUAAGCUGUGUCAAAUACUAGAUGAAAAGCUACGUGACUCGCAUUUAUUCAUGGAGUUUGAACGCAUACCGAAGCGACGAGAUCAUGCUUUAUACGAAUGCGCCCUACUGGAGGAGAACGAGCCAAAGAACCACGACCCUAACUUUUUACCGUAUGACGACAAUAGAGUGCGAUUAACGCCAUCAAUGGACAAUCGCCAUGGUUAUGUUAAUGCCUCCUAUAUAUCUGCUACUGUUGGCACAAAGCAACGCUUUUACAUUGUAGCUCAAUCCCCGCAUGAGGCGCUAAACAUGCGCAUAUUCUGGCAAUGUGUCUGGGAGGCAGAUGUGUAUUUGGUGGUUCAGCUAACCGAGGAUAUGAGCUAUAUUCCACUUAACAGUCUUCAGCGUCUAGAGUUUGGCCAGUUUCAAGUAUAUCAGGAAUUCUCACAAACCACUGAUCGUUGCACCACUAUCAAGUUGCGUCUUUACCACAUACCGUCGCGUCGGUACCGUUCCGUCUGGUAUUUGCAGUAUGCGGACUGGGCGGAGCAAAACUGUCCGCGUGACGUUAACCACUUUCUCGAUUUUCUCGAAGAGCUGAACUCUGUAAGACUGGCAUCCACGCAAGAAGUUCCGCCGGGGCACAACACAAACCCACCGGUUCUAUUACAUUGCCUGGAGGGAGGUGGUCGUUCUGGAGUGACCCUGACUGCAGAUCUUUUGCUAUACACUCUGGAUCAUAACGAGGAUCUAGAUAUACCUCGUGUGAUUGGCCAGCUAAGGCAUCAACGGGACAGCAUUAUACCAUCUCUCGCACAAUACAAAUUUAUUUACAAUCUGUUAAUUACCUAUUUGAAGCGCACGAGGCUAAUCUAGGAUGGAGUCUAAAGAAUUUGUCUAUAAGUAUUGUAUUAUCAUAAUAUCGUAUUGUACAUUUUUGUAGACAUCAUUUUUUAAAAUGUGUAUAAUAUCGUUUAAAAUGUUUUAUCUCGAUUGGCAGCUGUUGUUCUCGAAACUGUUACAUUAAACCCUAAACCCUAAAAACUAAACCCUUUACAACGAGACAUACAUAAAAUUACGAAUUGUUGUUGUUGUUUUGUUUAGUCGAUAAAACCGCCACUAAACUAACAAUAGCCACAAAAAUUGUCCUUAGGUUUAGAGACAAACUAUUUUACCCUCAGAUUUGUCAGAUUUAUUAAAUGCGUUAAAACAUUUAAGAAAAAUUUUUAAAUUCAAAAA